UCCACCUCCCAGCGUCCCCAGCGUCGCCGAGCAUGGCGCCCCACGCCUCCUCCUCCUCCUCCGCAAGCGGCAGCAGCGAGGCCUCGUCGUCGCGCGCGGCACUCCUGGCGCUGCCCGACGCCACGCUGCAGGCGCCCUCUGCGCCGCUGCGGCGCCUGCUGCACCAGCUCAGCAAGGCCUCGCUCAUCGCCCUCGUGCUGCACUGGCUCGCCUCUUCUUCUCCCUCCAUCGCGCCUCCCUCUCUCUCCCGUCGGCAUGCCUCCACCUCUGCGACGUCGACCUUUCUCGAGCUGCACGAGUCGCGCCGCGCCUCGAGCGUCGCGCAGCUGCGCCAGCUGUGGCACGGCCCCAUGCGCGCGCCGGGCAUCGCAAAGGCGCGCGCCGUCGAGCGCGUGCUCGACGUCGACUGGCCACACGGCCUCACGCUGCACAUGUGCCACAUGCUCGCGUGCGAAGCCAUGCGCCUGGCGCCGGGCGCGCGCACCUGGAGCGUGGCGCGCCUCGAGUUUGACGACGCACAGGUGCCGAGCUCCUUCCUGCAGCUCUCGCCGCAGACGCUGCAGGCUCGCCUCUCCAAGGAGCUGAGCAACUACUUCACGCACCACGUGCACCUCGCCGACGCUUCUCCGCUCCUCUCAUCCGAGAGCAAGGCCGCGCACUCCUCGGCCGACACAUCUCUCGCCGCCCUCGACGACCCGCUCGCCGUCUUUACGCACCUGCGCAUCGUCCUGCCCGCCUCGGCCUCCGACGUCUGCGCCGGCCUGUCCUUGCUGCACAUUCCCGGCACGCGCUGGCUCCUCCACAGCGGCACGCUCGGCCGCAGCGCCGGUCCCAGCGCGCGCCAGAUCUGUCUCGGCGCCUUUGCGCAUGCCGCACACGCCAGCGGCGUCACGGGCGCCGGCGACGAGCUGGGCGAGCUGCGCGGGCGCGACGCCCUCGCGCUGCGCGCCGCACUGCUGGCGGGCGAGCGCGCGCUGCGCGGCGUGGCCGGCGGAGGCGCGGCGCGCGCCAUGGCGCGCGCAGAGGAGGAAGGACCGCUGUGCCAGCCGGCGAAGCGCACGAGACUGGCGCUGAUUGGCAACGAGGCGGCGCUGCCUGUCGAGGAGGCCCAGGAGGAACAGGAGCCAAGCAAGGCACACAAGCGCAGGAAGCACGCGAUGCAGCGCGCCGAGCAAGCGAGGAGGGAAGUGAGGGAGCUCUUUGGAGAGGCAUGCGAGGUGAUUGAGCGUGUCGACUACGAACUGCAUCUCCCACUCCCCGCUCACGGCGCCUAUCGCGCCGUCGCUGCGCCGCGCGAAGCGGUGCGCCUGCGCCUGAGCGGCGCGCAUCUGCUCGCCGGCCUGCGCGCCGUCGUGCUGCACGCUCAGGAGCGCGACGUGCCCGCCGACGCCGCCGCCGAUGCCGAUGCGGACGGCGAGGCGGAUGCCGCGGCGCAGCCGCAGGCGAGGGCACAGCGACAAGAGGCAGAGGCCAAGGCGCCGGUGCAGAGGCUCGGCUUGCCCGCCUGGCUGACGGAAGUGAGAGGUAGUCGCAUCGUUGUCAGGCCGACGGAACGCGACU